AUGACUGAUCUGAGAGCGAUGUUCGCUCGACUUAGCUUGUUCGACGAUGGGAGUUUGUUGGCUGAGCUUCAAGUCAAGCCAACUUGGAUCGAGCAGAUUAAGGGUAGACAGUUGGAGGAUAAUUCUUUGGGUCUUCGGUUCCAACAGAUUGAGAGUUGUAGCACUACGGACUUUGGGUUGAACUCUGAGGGUGUGUUGUGUUUCCGAGGCCAGAUAUGUGUGCCGAAUGAUUCGGACUUGAGGCAGUCUAUUUUGAGAGAGUCGCAUAGUAGCCCUUAUUCUAUGCAGCCUGGUGGAAAUAAGAUGUAUCGAGAUCUUCGAGAGUUGUAUUGGUGGCUAGGGUUGAAGCGAGAGGUUACGGAUUUUGUGGCUAGAUGCCUGACUUACCAGCAGGUUAAGGCUGAGCAUUAG